CCCCCCCCCCCCCCAAACACCCGGCAUGUAAAUACCACUUUGUUGCGCUUUGCAUAGAUAACGCUAACGUAGAUUUAAUGUUAAGAGCGGCUCAUUUAGAUGUGCCCGAACCGUGCAGCACUUUCACAUUAGCUUGCUGUGUGUGUCCUGAUAUGAGAGUGUGUGCACUGGUCGGCUGAGAUGCUGUCCACCGGUCCACAGCUGCGGCCACUGCUGCUAUUGUCUUGUGUAACUCUUGUUUUACUUUUCCAAGUCACCAACGCCAAGAGGGAUUUUAAAAGCGCCUGUUCUACCUGUCAGCAAAUGACUGAGAACUUCAACAAGGGCUUUGACAGAACAGCAAAGCAGAACUUUGGCGGAGGCAACACAGCCUGGGAGGAGAGAAAACUGUCUAAAUAUGAGACGAGCGAGAUCCGGCUGAUGGAGAUCGUGGAGGGGCUGUGUGACAGCAGCAGCUUCGAGUGCAACCGCAUGUUGGAGGAGCACGAAGAGCACUUUGAAACUUGGUGGUUCAAGAGGAAAACGAAACAUCCUGAUCUGCAUAAAUGGUUCUGCGUUGAAACCGUCAAAGUGUGCUGUCCAAAGGGAACAUUUGGACCGGACUGCAAUGCCUGUGUGGGGGGCUCCGACAGACCCUGUCACGGAAACGGAAUGUGCGACGGCGACGGGACUCGCGGAGGGGACGGAAAGUGCAGCUGUGACCACGGUUAUAAAGGGGAGUUCUGCCUGGACUGCAUCGACGGCUACUUCAACGAAGUGAGGAAUGACACAUUCUCUCUGUGCACAGAAUGCCACACGUCCUGCAAAACCUGCACUGGAGCAACCAACCAGGAUUGUGAUGAGUGCAAAGAAGGAUGGGAGGAGGAUGACCAGGAAGCUUGUGUUGAUGUAAAUGAGUGCUCUGCAGAGCCUUCUCCAUGUACAGAGGAUCAAUACUGCCUGAACACGGACGGCUCCUACUCCUGCAAAGGCUGUGACAAAGUGUGCGCUGGCUGCACUGGAGCUGGCCCCAAUAACUGCCAGGCGUGUGCCAGCGGGUAUCAAGACACAGAGGGCACCUGCACAGACAUCGACGAGUGUUCCCAGCCAGAGUCCGUAUGCACUGAGGAGCACCAGGAGUGUGUCAACACUAAAGGAAGCUACGUGUGCAUCUGCUCGAGUGGCUAUGAGGAGCAAGAUGGCCAGUGUGUCCAAACGGUACAGCCAGAAAAAGAGGACGAGUCAGAAGCAUCCGAGACGACCACAAGUUCACACGGGGAGCUUUGAUGUACAAACUGGGAGCAGUGGGAGCGAAUCAGGAAGAACAUUUGGAAUUCCUACACAUCACAUCCGAGGCCGCUCAUUUUUAAAUUGUCGACUACAUGCACUUAACGUACCAGCUGCACUUAGAACCAACAAAAGCUGCCAAGACAGUGUUUUCCAGCAGUGGAUCAUGGAUUAAAGGACAAAGAAAGGGACAUUUUAUGCUCUCGGAAUGCUGGUCGUUGUUGCUUUUCUCCGGUGUACUCAAACUACCACUUGAUGUCUUUAUUUGUUGUGUGGUUUUAAAAUGGAAGGUGUUUCAAUAAAGGUAAAUCAUGUUAAAAUUAGGAUAAACCCAUGUCAACAAAA